UGCCUAGAUGGGAUUGACUAUGAGGACUUCAAUUUUAGUUCCCACAUGGUGGAGCAGAAGGAGCCCCUGAUGGAGACCGCGGAAGGUCCCUACCUUGUCAUCAUCGAGCAGCCAAAGCAGCGAGGGUUCCGGUUUCGCGAGAAAGGGCGCAAGACCUAUCCCACCGUCAAGAUCUGCAACUACACAGGGAUGGCCCGGAUCGAGGUGGACCUGGUGACGCACAGUGACCCUCCCCGUGUGCAUGCCCACAGCCUGGUGGGCAAGCAGUGUAACGAGGCCGGCAACUGCAUUGCGAUCGUGGGACCCAAGGACAUGACGGCUCAGUUCAGCAACCUGGGCGUGCUCCAUGUCACCAAGAAGAACAUGAUGGAGAUCAUGAAGGAAAAGCUGAAGAAACAGAAGAUGCGUAACAGGAGCCAUCUGCCGACAGAAGCAGAGCUGCGUGAGAUCGAGCUGGAGGCGAAGGAGCUGAAGAAGGUGAUGGACCUGAGCAUCGUGCGGUUGCGCUUCACCGCCUACCUCCGCGACAGCAACGGGAACUUCACGCUGGCCCUCCGGCCUGUCAUCUCAGACCCCAUCCAUGACAGCAAGUCCCCAGGAGCUUCUAACCUGAAGAUCUCGCGGAUGGAUAAGACGGCAGGCUCAGUGCGGGGAGGGGACGAGGUCUACUUGCUGUGUGAUAAAGUUCAGAAAGAUGACAUCGAGGUGCGUUUCUACGAGGAUGACGAGAACGGCUGGCAGGCCUUCGGGGACUUCUCCCCCACUGAUGUGCACAAGCAG